UAGAGGAACUUCUUUGACAGAAUCGACAGAGGUGAAUUGUCUUUGACUAGCUCCUCCUCCUUCUCCGCGUCCGUACAGCUUCAUCUUCAUCUUCAUCCUCCUCGGACCGCGACGGGGAAGAAACCCUAGCACCCCUCUCGAGCUCUGACAAGAAGGUUGGUGCUCUUCGUUCUGCGUAAGCUGAAGAAAAGGUUGAAACUUGGGCUAGGAGUUCCUUCGGGGUAAUCUUCAUCUGGGUAGAUAAUCUGGAGCAGAGGUAAUCUGCGAUAAUGUAGAGAUUAAACAAUCUCGGAAAUUGGGAAGUCAGGGUUGAGCUUGAGAAGGAGAAGCAGAGGGGAUAGUAUCUUCUUCUUUUUUUGUCGGAAAGUCGGUCCGAGCAUACGUUUCUGGGAAAAGAGUUUAGGAUUUCAGCAUUCCAGUCUGUUUAUAUCGGGAAUAAAUCGGGAUUUCGCCAAUCGAAGUGCAUAAUUAGGCGAGCUUUACCUGUACCACAUACUCGAGUCGUCCGUAAGGCCGCUUCUCACUGAUGGAUUCGAGUGUUCACCGGAGGAAACCGCGCCUUGAGCGCCGGAAUGCAGCCAAGAACUUUGAUUACGACCCAAGUUUGGUCUCGUCUUCCACGGAGGAUUCUCCUUCACCUUCUUCUCUCCGGACUAGGUCGCUCGAAUUGAAUGAUCAGACCAGCUUUCGGGUUGAAGGAAAUGAUGGGGAGUUUGAUCGGAUUUGCCGCUCCUUAGGGCUGUCCAUUGACGACUUUGCCAUCCCCGUGGCGGCCUGGCAGGCGAGCAAGAUCCGGUCGUCAUCGGAUAUCACUCCCCGGUCUAGACUGAACCGGUUGAGCUCUCCAAACAAGAAAGAAAGUGAAGGUGUGCCAGCCGAGUUGAAACAGAGUGAGCCGACUGAGUUGGCCAAAACCAGUGAGCCCUUGGUAGUGUCAGAAGUUAGAUCUAGGGAUCAUUAUAGGGACAGGGAGAGGGAUCAGGGCACGGACAGAGUUGGAAUCAGAGAGGUAACUGUGUCCACUCCAAAUUUGUUACCUGAGCCAAUUCGAAGUAAGGUCACCACAAAAGAAUCCAUUGGGAUUAAGGGGGUAAGACCUCCGGUGUUAAAAGCGCCUCCUUCAAAGAACCCCCCAGUAAUAGACAAUGUGAGUUCCACUUGGGACAUAUACAGGGGUUUUGGGCCCGAUGAUGAUAGAAACCAACCAAGCUCUGUGAUCCUAUCAUAUUUUGAUGAAGAAGAUGUCAAAGAUGUAGAACAAGUUGUUGAGAGGCCAAGGGAGAAGGCUACAGAAGCCGUAGAGGAGCAGGACUUGUUUACAACCUCAAAUGAUGAUGAUACUUCAAGUAGCACCACAGAGCCAACAAACAUUUCUCCAAAUGGGAGAAUUAAGAGGACCAUCACAUAUUGGGAGAAAGGUGGUCUUUUGGGUAGCGGGUCAUUUGGGUCAGUUUAUGAAGGAAUAGCCGAGGAUGGAUUCUUUUUUGCUGUGAAGGAAGUUUCCUUGCUUAACCAAGGGGAUCAAGGGAAGGAAAGCAUUAUACAACUGGAGCAAGAGAUUGCUCUGCUAAGUCAGUUUGAACAUGAGAACAUAGUUCAAUAUUAUGGCACGGAUAAGGAUAAUUCGAAUCUCUAUAUUUUUAUCGAGUUCGUAACAAAAGGAUCCCUUGCAAACCUUUAUAAGACAUAUAAUCUUCGGGACUCCCAAGUCUCUGCAUACACAAGACAAAUAUUGAGUGGUCUGAAGUACCUUCAUGAUCGUAAUGUGAUACACAGGGACAUCAAAUGUGCAAAUAUUCUGGUGGAUGUUAAUGGGUUUGUAAAGCUCGCAGACUUUGGAUUGGCGAAGGCGACGAAAUUAAAUGAUAUUAAAUCUUGCAAGGGGACUCCAUUCUGGAUGGCUCCAGAGGUUGUGAAGCCCAAAAAACAAGGUUAUGGGCUACCUGCUGAUAUAUGGAGCCUGGGAUGCACAGUUCUCGAGAUGUUAACUCGGCAAAUCCCGUACUCCAACUUGGAAUGGAUGCAAGCGAUAUUUAAGAUUGGAAGAGGUGAACCGCCGCCAAUUCCUGAUACUCUAUCGAGAGAUGCACGGGAUUUCAUCUUGAAGUGCCUGCAGGUUAACCCAAAUGACCGUCCAACGGCGGUUGAGCUCUUGGACCAUCCCUUUGUGAAGAGGCCAUUGAUCGCUCCUUCACCCUCAGGAUCCCCGGCUCCAUACUAUUUCAUGAACAGAAGAAACUAGCACGUACCCUGUUCAUUCUUCUUGCUCUAGUCUCUCCAAGCUUAAAUAGGACUUCUAAAACGGAUGCUGUUCAAUACAAUGGAGCCGCUGAUCGGAGAGUACACAGCCGAUGCUCGGACAGUACACAGCCGAUGAAGCAAAGCGCUUCGAGAUUGUUUCGGAGUGAAGUAUAUUUUUGCUUAGAUACGAAAAUUUACUCUUCUCCUUUGUCAAUUUUUUUUUAUUUAUUCCUUUUGCCCUUUUUUGGUUUUUAGAGGUCCUCUUGUAAUUUUCUAUUGAGGAACUAUAGGGGGCAAGGGUGUAAUUGUAAUCGAUGUAAGAAAAAGGAAGGGUGAAAAAGAAAAAAAAAAAAAAAGAUGCACAACCGACUGCACUUGUAUUUCUUUCCUUUAUAAAAAAUAAAUGCAUGUAAAUUUAUUUGUAAGAACUAGAUCGAAGGCCCGCGUUAUGCA